AUGCAUACCACUGAACCUACUCUAGACCGCCGCCAGUUUUUUGACUUCCUGGCAUUGCCGUAUCACAUCCGGCAUGAUAUCUAUACUCUCGUGCUCGAGUAUCCAGAUCUCGACUCAGUAUUUGCACGUGUUGCGAGCCAAUGCGCUGAAGAUGAGCUGAAGCACGAGGAGACCCGGUUGCCCAAAUGCGUCAUGCCGAGCCCCCACGUUGCGCCGCAGCUCAAGACCACUCCGGGUAUUUUACUAUGCAACCGACAGGUUGCUUGGGAAGCCCGAGAAGCCAUGCAUUUCAAGACCUUCACUCUCCGACGACCGCCUCCGCACACAACAGCGCUGGGGAAGCCAAUGGACAUCACUGAGUUUGUAAGCGAAGGCACGCUCAAGAAAAUGCGCCGAGUCGAGUUCGUGAUGAAUUUGUGGUUCGAUCCCAGAGGCUGGAGUAAGACAAUAGAAGUACUCUUGGACGUCUGGAGUGUUGAGAACCACCUGAGAAAAAUCAACAUCACGUUGGAGCAACCUACUCAGCUACCGGCCGGCCAGUUCUGGAAUCUGCAAUACCCCGGGCAACCUGUCAAAAUUUUAUCCAUGAUUAAAAGCUUUGCUGAAGUGGCCGGUAUUUGUUUGACUGGCACACCGCUCUCUACACUCAAUGUCAAGAAAGCAAAUGCGGACUGGUGA